AUGGCUCAACCACCCUCUCAGCCGCGCUCGUACUCGCAAGCCUUCCUCCCCAACGGCGCUCCACCAGUCAGCGGUCCUGUCCCAGGAGCUCGUCCACUCGACCCGAACCAAGGUCGCGUGCAGCAGAUUGGCCACGCCAGAGUACUGUGUAUAGCAGAUGUGAGAGGCAACCUUCGUCAACUCAACGAGCUUGCCCGCAACGCGAAAGCCGAGUACAUCCUUCACACCGGUGACUUUGGCUUCUACGACCAUGCUUCGAUAGAGCGCAUCGCUGAGAAGACACUGAAGCACGUCACGCAGUAUUCACCACUUCUCAGCGAGCAGCUCAAAGCAGACCUUGCACGCUCAAACCAGCCAAUCAAAGAGCGCUUCCAGCGUGAAAACCUCCCACUCUCAGAGCUCCCGCAGUUCCUCGACAAGACCUUCAAGCUCGAUGUGCCCGUCUACACCGUGUGGGGCGCGUGCGAAGAUGUGUCGGUGCUGGAGAAGCUGCGAUCAGGGGAGUACAAGAUCGACAACCUCAACAUCAUCGACGAGUCUCACUCCCGGUUACUCGACAUCGGAGGUGUGAAGUUAAGAUUGCUCGGGCUAGGUGGAGCAGUCGUCAUGCACAAGAUGUUCGACAACGGUGAAGGACGCACAACCAUCGCAGGAGGACAGGGCACGAUGUGGACCACGCUUUUGCAGAUUGGCGAGCUCGUGGACACGGCCAAUCGCGUCUACGACCCAACCGAGACCCGUCUUCUGAUCACGCAUUCAUCACCCGCGAGAGAAGGCAUUCUCAACCAGCUUGCUGUCGCCCUCAAAGUCGACUUCUCCAUCUCCGCUGGCCUGCACUUCCGGUAUGGCAGCUCGUAUAACGAGUUCUCUGUCAACCCAUCGCUCGACCACUACCGCGGCAAGCUUUCUGCAUCGAAGGCACAGUUCAACGAUGUAUGGGAGACGGUGAAGCACGAAGUCGAGCCAGCCGUCGCGGAGAACGAUGCUCAGAAUAAGCUUCUGCAGCAUGCACUGGAGCUGGUGAAGAAGAUGCCUUCGACCGCCAGUGGUGGCAACCCCUUCGGAGGUGGUCCACCCAACGGUCAAAUCGAUGAGUCUGCAUUCAAGAAUAUGUGGAACUUCAACCUUGCCGAUGCUGCGUUCGGAUGGCUCGUACUCGACAUCGACCAAGGCCGAAUCGGCACGGAGAUGAGAGCGCAGGGUUUCAACUUUGCGCACCGUGGUGGCAAAGGUGCGCAGCGGCCACAAGCCAUGCCGUCAGCACCCUCCAACUCUACGAUGGCACCAACGGGUGGCAAUCUACCGACCCCAGGACAGCAGCCACCUCAGGCCGCACAGCAGCAGGUCAAUCGGCCUCCACAGGGACCUGCAGCUGCCCCACAGCCUCCAACGCAGCCCCGCGCUCAGCAGCCUGUAGGUCAAGCGCCGCCUCAGCAGCAGAAGCCAGCUCCACCGCAGCAAGCACCUGCACAGGCUGCACCGAAGGCCACUACACCACAGCCAUCCGCCGCCCUUACCACCAAUGGUACCACAGCACCCACCGCGACACUUCCGCAGACGAACGGGACGGGCACACCAGCGGCGGACGCUUCGAAGUCGGACUCGCCUGCGCAAGCAAAGAACAACAUCCAGCAAUCGCCUGGUGCCCAGGAACCAUCGAAAGGCAUCUUCAUCAGCGGGACAAACGGCAUCAACACCGAAGAUGAGAUCAAGAGCGUCUUCUCAUCCGAGGAUGCUGCAAAGAUCUCGCGCACGGAGAGGCAGAGGGCGGGUCCGUGGGUCGUCUUCUUCGACACCAACGAGGUCAUGCAGGAAGUCCUGAGCCACGGUGCGACAGCUGAAGCACGUGAGAAGCAGAAGAGCAUGCGCAUGAACGUGUAUCGUUCUCGUGGCGGCUUUGCUGGGUGGGGCAGCUCUCGCGGAGGCGCUCCGUCUCGUGGCGGUGCAGACGCUGCUCGGGUCGGGUACCAAUCUGCUGGUGGAGGCACGACUGGUAGCGACAGCGAGACGAACCGUGGAGGUCGCGGAGGACGCGGCACUCGAGGCGGAUUCCGAGGCGAUCGUGGUGGCCGUGGCCGUGGACGUGGUGGCGAGAGAGGCGGAAAAGCAGACGGCGCGCCUGCAUCGACUGCUGCUCCAGCUACGACCGGCGGCGGCGAAUCUUAG